GAGAAAUUGAAAUCGACUGUAGAGUAGCGACACAGCUGGAAGUUCAUCGUCGCUGGCGUCCUCUACAGAAGACAGAGGUGCCCGCAAUUAUGCAGCGUGAACAGCGCUUGUGCCGCUCACUUAAACAGUAGAGUAAAUCAUCCAUUGGGCCCGAUGACGGAGGCCACCACCAGUGCGCGAGUCGACCCCCGGGCACGGGAAGUGGAGGAGGCUUCGGAUGAAGAAUGUUGGCGGUUCUACCGUUUUCUCGAGCAGCACCCCGAAUUGCCGGACCUGCUUUUCUGCAGCAAGAAGCGGGUGGUCCAGGCCUCGGACUUGGAGCUGCUUCUACGUCGCCUGCACUACCGCUUGCCCAACGUGCGCACGUUGUUCAACUCGCUUCGCAAGCCCGGGUGCGACUACUUCACGAUGAAGGAACUGAUCGAAUUCAAGCAGCGGCUGCGCGUGUCGAAGUACGCCGGGGCGUUUACGGUGACCGAGUUUUUCUCCCAUUUGUUGCAACGGUACGGGUCCAUCACCCGGGCCUGGCGCCGAGCGAUCGACAUUCUAUCAAAUGCAAAAAUGUCUGGGUCUGGAAUAAUGUCAGAUUUGUCAUGCAUAUUUCUCAUGACCCAUGAUGCCUGUAAUGCAUGACCUAGCAUCGCAGACUUUUAGAGGGCUUCCUGAUGCACCUUCCGCAUGAGAAAUGCCCUGUCCGGGUAGCACAAAAGGCACCUCUCUUGCUGGUCACGCAAUACAAAUUUUUUUAGAGUCCAAAAACAGCAUGACAAGUUGCAAUCUUCCAGACCCAGACAUUUUUGCAUUUGAUACAUUCCGCCCAAGAACAACAUCGCGGGCGACCUGUUUUCCCACGAAGUGAAGAGCCUGAACUCUUCCGCGGGUGGCCGUCCGACGCGGGGGGUCAUCAUGUACCGGGAGUGGGCGGCGUUUUGCCAACGAGAGGGGUUCCAGGGGAACGUCAAGGCCGCCUGGGACGCGUUUCAGCCGAAAAACGGCUUGAUGUCUCUACGGGAGCUGUCGUACUCGGAGUACCGCCUGCUCACGAAAUUUUACCUCGAGGUAGUUGCCGGGUUCAUGAUAGUACGAAUCUUUUGUUUGAGAAUGCAGAUGCACCCACUUAGACUUACAUUUUCGUCAUUUUUCCUCCGGCUCGAAGUGAAUGUUGGCCCUUUCGUCCAAAAAGAAAAAAUCCACCUGUCAUCUUCAGUUGAAGGCCCGAUACGACGCGGUGGACGAGAUUUGGUCGCACGUGCUGCAGUGCCGUAGCGAAUUCAUGCUUUUGAAGCGCGAGCGGUUUCUGGCAAUCUGCACCAAAACCUUACUUUUCGCGGAGGACGAGGCGGAGACGCUGUUUUCGUUGUUGGAUCUCGACCAGGUCAGCGAGCUCGAGUUCCAGACCUUCACGGAGCUUUUCUCUUUCUGGGACACGGGUGGCUGCUACGACGUCACGGGCGCGGCGCAGGCGUUGCGAGUGCGGAGAAAAAGACGACAGUUGAUGGAUGCGGAGCUGCGGGAGAGCAACAACGCAGCAGGAGGAGGAGAGAAAAAUACAGCGGACCGGGAACGACAGCCCGGAGCGACAGCAGAGGAAAGACAAAAAGAAAGGCAAAAAGCGAUUCUGAGAAAAAACACCAUUGAAAGGGAACUUGCGAAGCCGCUUCCCCGGUCGCUGGAGGACAAAGUGCUCUCCCUCGGCAGCCAAGAGUUCAUUUUGAACCUGGAGUCGCAGCGCAGAUUGGAAGAGUUCCAAGUGUUUUUCAACUACUUGAAGAAGCCCGGGCGUUACGAGCGGAUGCUGGAUUUGUUUUCCCUCAGUCCCCGUCUGCCGAAGCGCGUUUUCUGCCAGACCCUGCGACAGAUGCUGUACCCCGGGGAUCCGCUGGCGCUGUUUUACUCGCUGUUCAACUUGCGGAUUUUGCACCAGCGCCACGUGCAACUGGUGAACGCGGAGGACUUUCGGGAGGUGCAGGACCGGAUUGCGCCGUGGCUGAAGCUGCACGGCUGGACCUACGUGAAACGGAAUAAAGUUACCAGCAGCUCCGACGUUGCGCAGCAAGACGGCGGCCAUGACCUCGAAGGUGACGCGGAACAAGAGGUACUGGAGGAGGAAGAGGCGUCAGAGAGCGAGUCCGACGACCUAGACGAAGAGAAGGUCGCGGAAAAGAAAGAGAAGAGCGUGCUGAGCGUCUUGCGGAAAUCGCUCGUCGAGGGGAAGCACGAGGCUGCAGGGGACGAGGAGGAAACUGGAAGACGAACUGCUUCGUCGAGAGCGGCCUCGUCGAGGAUACUGCACGACGGAGUUGCGAAUAGAGAGGAAGUGCAAGAUUCAGAAGAAGAUAACGACUUCUACGACGAGGACGGUCUGUUACUGCCAGACAGGAUAAAUAACAGUACCAAUAGCAAUGCUUUUGCCGGUCCCGAGGAUCCCAUGCCGCAGUUGAAAAAACUGCAGUACGAGAAGAAAAUGAAGCGAAAAAAUAAGCCGGUAAGCGACGAGCCACCUGCGCCUCUUGCCCCCCCGAGCUGGCACGAGACGGGGCCUCCUAGCUGGCUGGAGAAAUUGGGACUGGAGAAGGUUCCCGAUGCGGUCAUCCUGGACCAGGAGGGGGAAACGCAUUUGGGCAUCCAGAAAUUUUGGCAGCACAGUGUGUUGGGCGACAUGCAGGAUUUGCACCGCCCGAAAAAGCUUGGCGCUGGUCUGCGGAGAACCAAAGAGUCAACCUCUUCGUCGGCCAGUUCCGGGGGCGGGGAGCCGAAGUUCAAUCCGAGGGCACGCACAACUUCCUCUCUCUCGGGAGGUGGAUCUUCACCUGAGCGCAGAGGUACUAGUCGUAGCAAAAAAACCAGGCGAAAGCUGCGGAAAGACAUUGUUUCGGAGAAGCAACGGAAGAUGGACCCGGAAGACAUGCCGUUUGUCCCCGUAGACACGAGAAAAAUCGUGAACAAAGCGACGUGGCGGCGGAUGCUGGACUUUCAAACCGGUGCCGUGGCCGAUGGAAGCGGCCUUCCGCCACAUUUGAUUCGGGACUGUGGCGAGGAUCCAAAUUUGCUGCACUUACGGGAUUUUCUUGCAUUCCCCAACGCCUCCAGAGACGUGCGGCCGCAGACUAGAUUGGAUGUAUGAUUCGUUUGCUUUUUUCUCGAAUUUCAUGCUGGAAGGUAUAUUUUGUAGCAUCCUGACAUACUUUAUAGCAUCCUGAAGAAAGACCAAGAAUCACCAGAACCGGAGACAAGAAAACUGCAGGUUGAGCUGGAGAUGCUUCGCCGUACUGGGUCCCUGGUGCGCGGAUGGUUCGAGAUCCUGGAUCCGCACAAGAGCGGCGCCAUCGGGCUGCGCAGGUUCUUGGCUGCGUUGGGAUCUUUGAACGUGCAAAGCGGGAACAUGAGGCGCGUCUGUAUCAACUGUAAAAAUGUCUGGGUCUGGAAACUUGUGAUGCUGGGUGGCGUCUCAUGAUGAGGCUACAAAUGCUGGCUCAGCAUGACAAGUUUCUGAGCUCCUAGGUGUUGCCUAUUCUGCAUGACAAACUGCGCUUCUGCAUCACAGAAAAACGGAGCUCUUGGGUAACGUGCAUGACAGAUUUAAGAGCCAUGCCAGACAAGCAUGACAAACAUGAACUCUUCCAGACCCAGACAUUUUUACAUGUGAUAGUCUGGGCGCAGAUGCAACCGCUCCCCGACGGGUUGGGCAUCGAUCUGCGGAUGUUAGACUACGAAGUGUGGCUGCUGAUCGGUUUUUUCGCAACGUGCUUGUUCGCCGUUUUCCCGAACGUGGACUAUCUCGUCUACUACGCGUGUCCGGGCAACGGGUGCACCGACACCUUCGGGUUCGAUGAGGAGUGGACGAGCAUUUGCACGCGUGCGUUCACCGACACGGUGUUACUCAGCGGGAAAAUCGCGGGCGUCGAAACUGGUUCGGACGAUAGUACGACCGUCCGCGACGCAAACGCGCGGCAGAUCGCGGCCCAGCGCCGGCAGGUGUUGACGCAGAAGCUGUGGCGCUGCUUCGUUCCCCGCGGCGAGAACCGCAUGCACUUGAGCGAGUUCAAAAUUCUCCGGCUGUGGGAGCCGGGCGCGGUCUUCUGCAUGGAAAAAUACCCCGUGCGCAUGGUUCCCUCGACCGGAAAGCUGGAGCUGUCCCCGGUCGACUGGAUGCCGCCGAGAGUGUCGAAAAAAGCUGCGACAUCGAGGACUGAUACAACACAGACGACAGGAACUACGACCGAGGGCGAAGAUACAACAAGCAGUGCGGAUAAAAGAGAUUCAGAAGAACACCCGAACAUCCGGCUCGUCAUGGACCCGAGCGUGCGGGCGGAAUACGAGCAGGCGCUGUUCGAAUUGGAAAUGCUCGACGCGCAGCACAGCACGCUUUCGAACAAUUUGCGUGGUCCAGCGAUGUACUCAACAUCGAGUGGCAGUGUAAAGACAUCAAACGAUGGCGCGGCCGGAGUAGAUGAAGAAACUGCGGAAAGGGAAGCAAAGAAGGCACACGAUCUGGAAGAACAGUCGUAUUCGCUCGCCGAGUUCCUGGAGUUUCCAGUCAACCCGGUCGACGGUAUGGCGCGGAAACCGAAGUACAUCAAAGCGGCUGGGCGGCGGUUUGGGGCGGACAGUCCCGGUGGGUCUGCGGGGUCGGACCCGGCAUCGCCAACUGCGCGGAGCAAGAAGUCCGUGCACUGGGUCGACCUGGACGAGGAGCGGCGGCGCGAACGCACGCGGCAAAAACUGCAAGCGGCCAAGAACCAAAUGUUCUACGCGGCCAACAGUGUGCGGGCACACUUGAUGGGCCACGCGGGAAAGCGGAAGGGGAAAACGCACCUGCUCAGCGGGUCGGGAAAGGAAGGGGAAGAGGAAGUCGACGCCCUGUGGCAGCACUUCGACCGCGGCGCGAAGCGCCAGAUCAUGGGCAGCAACUUCGCCCAGGUGGGCCGAAACAAAAUCGUCGACGUCGCAAAGGUGGACGAUUUGGGCGACUUGCUGGAUCUGGACCCGGAAAUUGACGAUGUCCAUGCUAACAAGUAGGAUGCUCUUGUCGUCUUUGUGCUGGAAACCAGUACUAGUGGCAUCACGCUUUCGUGAUAGGCUUCUAAGUACGUUAAAAUGAUGAAUUUUGCACUUUGUUAUUUACUUUCAAUUCAAAACUUGUGGUUGUGACUGAGCCAACGAUGAUAUCAGGAUUGUGCUAACAAAAACACGGGGUAACUGCAGAAAAAUCUUCACCGUAUUCGUUUCAUUUCAAAACCAAGUUUCACUUUUAACGAUUCAAAAAACCGAUGGAAUUGCUGACCUUAUUGUACAAAGUUGAAACCACCUGUGUCUGUGACACUGACUGGUUUGUUUUGCGUACUGUUUUGCUCGAUGUGAACUUGUUGUCCCCAAGGUUUGAUAGCAACACUUGUACAAAGAACGAGAAUUG